AUGGCUUCUCAUCUCUCAUUCCUCCUCCUCCUCCUCAUCUUUUCCAGACUCUCAGUUGCUUAUCGUGUGUCUGUGAGGACAGGAGGCUCCACCACCAUCCCAUGUCACUAUGUUCAGAAAUACAAAACCCAUGUGAAAUACCUGUGUAAAGGAGAUAAUUUGUAUAGUUGCACCCCUGUUGUACCUGCUGACCCGCCCAAGAGCAUAGAUAAGUCCUCAAUCUCUGAUGACAUCAACCAGCAAACAAUCACUGUGACCAUGACUGAUCUGGAGCCAGAGGAAUCUGUACAAUACUGGUGUGUUGUGGAGAUCAAUGGUGGACAAAAUGUCUGGAUAGAAAGGUUCCACCUAUCUGUCACUCCAGGUACUCCAGAACUCUAUGUGGACCAACAGGAGGUGACUGGAGUUGAAGGAGGGAGUGUUAUUGUAAAUUGUUACAGUAGCUACACUGGAAAUAGGAAGUGGUGGUGCAGGAUUGGUGGCAGUGGGUCCUGUGUGGAGAGGAAUUCAGGGGCUCUUGAUGGAACAUCAGUGACCCUACAGCAGACCACUGAUGUCACCAGAAGAAACGUCUUAAUGGUGACUAUGAGUGGACUGAAGACGGAGAACACUGGCUGGUACAUGUGUGGAGUGGGAGACCUUAUGAUGCCUGUUCACAUCACUGUCAGACAACAAACCACCACACAAAGUACCACCACUAUGACCAGUGAGUAGAGAACAAUCAGAUACUGUAGAAUUAAGUAUUAACCUGGUUUAUCCAGUCUUGCUGGCUGAUCAUCUAAAAUAA